UGUGCGUGCCCAUUGGACUCGGCUCCCCAGCCAAUGAGGGGCCUGGCCCUGGUCGCUAGGAUACACAGUACCGGACUCCGUAACGGUCAUCUUGAGAGGCACCUUGUGCUAGAACAAGCCGAGCUGAGAUAGGGCACCCAAUAGCCAGCAUGUCGGAGAGGAGGAGCCGCAGAGGGUCCUCUGGUGCCCGCCGCCGGGGGCAUACCCGCUCUCGCACCGCCCGAGCGGAACUUCUAUUUUCGGUUGGCCACAUGGAGCGCAGUCUACGGGAAAGCCACUACGCCCAGUGCCUGAGUCACAACGCGCCAGUCUACCUCGCUGCGGUGAUUGAGUAUCUGACGACCAAGAUCCUGGAGCUGGCGGUCAAGGAGGCCCAAAACAACGGCGAGAGGAUCAUCACUCCGCGGCUGUUGGACAUGGCGGUUCAUAAUAACGGGCUGCUGAGCACCCUCUUUCAUACAACAACCAUCUCUCAAGUGGCUCCCGGCCCGAACUAGCUGCUGACAACGCCAGACUCCUGGGACCCGGCACGUCUGCUCAUCCACCCACCUGGCCACAAAACCCCCAGC